GGCUCCAGGGGACCAAAGGAGCCAGGAGUUGUUUCCUGCCGGUUUCCACUCCUCCCUGAAGGGACCUGGAGGGUGGAGGCCGGGCUUCGCUGAGGGUCGGCAUCGGCCAAGUCCUGCGGAAGUCUGGGUGCUCACACGGCCCCGUGCGUGCUCUCUCUGUUUAUCUGCAGCCCAGAGGCUCCUUGCAGCAGCCGGCGCUGCAAGCUCAGUCGCGAAGAAGCCAUGGCGAAGUCCAAGGGCCGUCUGUACCUUUGGAUGUGCUUGGCUGCUGCGCUGGCAUCUUUCCUGGCAGGAUUUAUGGUGGGCUGGUUUCUUAAGCCUCUCAGAGAAACAACUACAUCACUUCGAUAUCAUCAAAGUAUACGGUGGAACCUGGUAUCAGAGAUGAAAGCCGAAAAUAUUAAAUCAUUUCUUCGUUCUUUUACGAAGCUCCCUCAUCUGGCAGGAACAGAACAAAAUUUGCUGCUUGCCAAGAAAAUCCAAACCCAGUGGAAGAAGUUUGGACUGGAUUCAAUCAAGUUGGUUCAUUAUGAUGUCCUCCUGUCUUACCCUAAUGAGACAAAUGCCAACUAUAUAUCAGUCAUGGAUGAGCAUGGAAUUGAGAUUUUCAAAACAUCAUACGUUGAGCUGCUACCAGAUGGAUAUGAAAAUGUUACAAAUAUUGUACCACCAUAUAACGCUUUCUCAGCCCAAGGCACACCAGAGGGAGAUCUUGUAUAUGUAAACUAUGCUCGUACUGAAGAUUUUUUCAAACUAGAAAGAGAAAUGGGCAUCAACUGUACUGGAAAGAUUGUUAUUGCGAGAUAUGGGAAAAUCUUCAGAGGAAAUAAAGUUAAGAAUGCCAUGUCAGCAGGAGCCAUAGGAAUCAUCUUGUACUCAGACCCUGCUGACUACUCUGCCCCUGAGGUACAGCCGUAUCCCAAAGGAUGGAACCUUCCUGGAACUGCAGCUCAGAGAGGGAAUGUGUUAAAUUUGAACGGUGCUGGUGACCCACUCACUCCAGGCUAUCCAGCCAAAGAGUACACCUUUAGACUUAAUGUUGAAGAAGGAGUGGGAAUGCCCAAAAUCCCUGUACAUCCCAUUGGCUAUAAGGAUGCAGAAAUAUUAUUACGCUAUAUGGGAGGAACUGUUCCACCAGAUGACAGCUGGAAGGGAAACCUUAAUGUGGAUUAUAACAUUGGGCCUGGCUUCACAGGGCAUGAUUCUUUUAGGAAGGUUAAAAUGCAUGUUCAUAACACCAACAAAAUUACAAGGAUUUACAAUGUAAUUGGAACUAUCAGAGGAUCUGUGGAACCUGACAGGUAUGUUAUUCUGGGAGGUCAUCGGGACUCCUGGGUGUUUGGAGGUAUUGACCCAACCACUGGGACGGCUGUUUUACAAGAAAUCGUUCAGAGUUUUGGAAAACUGAUGAGUAGAGGCUGGAGACCUAGAAGAACUAUCAUUUUCGCGAGCUGGGAUGCAGAAGAAUUUGGACUUCUGGGUUCCACAGAAUGGGCUGAGGAGAAUGCAAAAACACUCCAGGAGAGAAGCAUUGCUUACAUCAACUCAGAUUCAUCGAUAGAAGGAAAUUAUACUCUCAGAGUUGACUGUACACCCCUUCUUUACCAAUUGGUGUAUAAGCUGACAAAAGAGAUCUCCAGCCCUGACGAUGGUUUCGAGAGUAAAUCUCUUUAUGAAAGCUGGUUAGAAAAGGACCCUUCAUCGGAAAAUAAAAAUUUUCCUAGAAUCAACAAGCUGGGAUCUGGAAGUGAUUUUGAAGCUUAUUUUCAGAGACUUGGAAUUGCUUCAGGCAGAGCCCGUUACACUAAAAAUAGGAAAACAGAUAAGUACAGCAACUACCCGGUAUACCAUACAAUUUAUGAGACCUUCGAAUUAGUAGAGAAUUUUUAUGACCCCACAUUUAAAAAACAGCUUUCUGUGGCUCAACUACGAGGAGCACUGGUUUAUGAGCUUGCAGACUCUCCAGUCAUUCCUUUCAAUAUUCAAGACUACGCAAAAGCUUUGAAAAACUAUGCAACAAGUAUCUCCAAUUUAUCCAAGAAACAUGACCAACAAUUGAGAGACUAUGGAGUAUCAUUUGAUUCCUUAUUUUCUGCUGUGAAAAACUUCUCCGAGGCUGCCUUAGAUUUUCAUAGAAGACUUACAGAAGUUGAUCUUAAUAAUCCCAUUGCAGUGAGAAUCAUGAAUGACCAGUUGAUGCUCCUGGAAAGAGCAUUCAUCGAUCCCCUUGGUUUACCAGGGAGGCAGUUCUACAGGCACAUCAUCUUUGCUCCAAGUAGGCACAACAAAUAUGCUGGAGAAUCAUUUCCUGGGAUCUAUGAUGCUAUGUUUGAUAUUGAAAAUAAAGCAGACCCACGUUUAGCCUGGAGAGAAGUAAAGAAACACAUUUCUAUUGCAACCUUUACAAUUGAAGCAGCAGCUGGGACUCUGAAAGAGGUGAUGUAGUAAGGUCUCAGCCAAGUGGCUAGCCACUAAAAGUGUUACUGCAAAUCUGAGGAUAAAAUCCGUCUUUGUUUUUGAUCUUUCUUUUCAUGUCAUGUUUUAUUUUAGACUUCCACCUUGUUCAUCUGCAAAGAAUUGUUUUUUUUCUUUUUUUUGGCUCAUUGAAAAUUUGUAACUUCAUCACCAAAGUGUUAAACUAAUAAAACUCCACUCAUGUGACAAAGAGACAAAGUAACUGAAAAUUUCCUAAAAUAAAUUAUGACAAGGAACUUGAAUUCUCACACUACUGAUAGUGAUAGAUAUGCAAAAUGGUAUAGCCAGUUAGGAAAAUAGUUUGACAGUUUGUUAUCAAGCUAAACAUAUACUUACUCUGACUCCAAAAUUCCACUUCUAGGUAUUUACUAAAGAGAAGCAAAACACGAUGACAAAAAAACCUCUUCUAGGCAUGCUUCUAGCACCUUAAAGUGGAUGAAUUCAACAGAUGAAUGGGUAAAUUGUGGUAUAUCCACAAUGGAAUACUAUUCAGCAAUACAAAUGAAAUAACUGCCAAUACAUGAAGUAUUAUUGGCAGACAUUGUUGAUGGAAAGAAGCCAGACACAAAAUACCUAGCAUAUGAUUCUAUUUAUAUGAAGAAGAGGCAAAACUAAUCUAUGGUGUUAGAAAUCAAUUAGAUCAGUGAUUGCCUGGGGCAAGUAAGGGGCAGGGAGGAGAUUGACUGCAAAGAGGCAAACUUUCAUGGGAUAAUAGGAGUUUUCUGUAUCUUGAUGUGAGUCAUGGUUACACAGCUAUAUAUAUUUGUCAAACCUCAUCAAACUAUAAACUUAAAAUGUGUGAAAAUUUGAUUACCUUCCCUCCAAACAAAGAAAAGGCUGGCAGGCAAACCAGUAUAGAGAAUUUGUGUGUGUGUGUGUGUGAAAUCACUGUGGACUGCAAAUCGUAAAAAAAAAAAAGUGCAUAUACAUACUUUUAAUAAGUUCACCUCUACUGAAUGAUGUAUAAGUCUGAUAGGUGAAGAAAAUAGUUGACAUAAACCUGCAUAUGCUGACUUCUCUAAAUCAAAUUAUAUAUAAAACUAUAUCAGCAUCUGUCAACUUUUAUGCAGAGCCUAAUAACUCAGAAUUAUGGGUAAACUAAGACAAAAGCUUCAAUAAGCUUGGAUGUUCAAUUACUUAGCCAAAAAAGUGUUAAGAAUCAAAAAUUAAAAGAGCUCUUAUAGGUAGGCACGCUAACUACAAUUAAGAAGUGACAGCUCAAAGUUGACUGCAAGGAGAAACUACCCGUGCUACCCUUGCUUGCUGACCAAUAAACCAGUGGGAAAACUUAGUUUAGAGAUAAACACGUGCUAUGUGUCUCAAUAUUACCAGAGGAUAUCUCACUGAUUCCCCACAAUAAAAUAAAUGGGAGGCAUAGCAAUGACCCUGAGUCAUCAGGAUAAAUUUUAAAUAUAACCCAUUCAUUCUGCUUAAAGAGGCAAUAGAGCACUCUGCUUUAUAAAGCAAAAUACACCCAGUUUUAAAUUGGAUUGUUUUUUCGUUGUUGAGUUGUAUGAGUUCCUUAUA